AUGAGGAGCAUAGCAUCUUGUUACAAUGAACAUGCCAUCAAAGUGUCGGAUUCUUACUGUUCAGGCCCUUCAAACCAACCCUAUCUCUCCCCGAACCUUGCCCCUCCAUGUCCAAACACCGUGAAAUCUAUAUACAAAGCUACAAUCCCCUCCCAAAGACGCCUCCUCAUCACCCUAACAUGGUUCAACAAUCGCCUCGGCCAUGGCCUAACGAUCAACGUUGGCGACACCGCGUCGAAACUCAACGCCAACACGCAGUACCGUCUCUCGAAAAGAAAAGGCAGCAAAACGUUCAAAGCCUGCAGUUCGGAGAUUGAAGUCGUUUGGGAUGUUUCCGAUGCUCGGUACAUCGAUGGACCCGAACCGAGUUCCGGGUUCUCCGUCGUCGUUUUGGUCGACUCUCAACUCUGUUUAUCUCUCGGAGAUAUGAAUGAACAACAAAAUCCAACAACACCGAAUUUUUCAUUGGUUUCGAGGAGUGAAGUUUUCGUAGGCACCAGUAGCGUCUACUCGACAAGGGCACGGUUUAGUGAUAAAGGAUUGGCUCACGACAUACUAAUCAAAUGCAACGAGGAAGAAACCGGGAAGCAAAAAGGAAUGAGGAACCCUGAAUUGACGGUGACCAUUGAUGAGAAGAAGACAGUUCAAGCAUCAGGCUGUGCUGUGUUCAUGUUUAGGACAAGGAGUGGAUUAGAUUGCAGGCUUUGGUUUGAAGACAAGGUUAAGGAAAGAGACGAUGGGUUCUCCUUGCUGAUAUGUGCUUGUAAUUGUGAGAAUCCUCACUAA